AUGCAUGUGCAGGCAAGUCCCUUCGUAACCCGCAAGCACCAUAUUCCGGAUCCUCGUGACGAUGGUAAGGGUUAUUGCUGGGUCAGUGUUAUACUCGUACCGGAUGCGAGGAGUGGCACCCAUAGUGACGACCCGAUCAUGUUAUUUGUGAUUCGAAAGUGCAAAGCUGGCCAAACUGCCAUGACCCAUCAGCCACUGCAUGGGCUGGGGGACCACUGUAUCUCCUUGCCAGUCAAGUGGAAUACACCUAGGCAAAAUCUGCCUACAGUUCGGGAUCAGGCUGCGGCUCUCGCAUCAUGGUGGCUUGUGUAA